AGUAGUUUAGCCAAAUGCUUUGAAGGGCAAGUCCUUCUAUUCUCAAACAUUUAGCUAAUACCGGAAAUCCAAAUUGAAUUUUAUUUAAAAUCUUGAUGUACAAUAUGAUUUGAUGCAGGUAUAGAUCAUGGAUAUUUCAGCCUUCAGAAACUUAGCUGAUUUGGAGAUGGAGUCUUCAUUUCAUUACGAAUCUUUCGAGCAACCAUCUGUAUACGAUGAUGGUCGGCCACUGAAGCAGCUCAGAACGAGCCACCACGUCUCAAGUGCUCUUCAGUUUGACGCUAUCCCAACUUAUUAUGACAACAAACUGGUCAGCAUGAUGAAGCCUAAAGAGGAAGAAGCGUUCGUCGUGUCUGAGCCAGUCGCUUGUUUGUCGUCCACGCACCAUUCUUUAGCGGAGAAAAAGAGGAGAGAGAAGCUCAGCCAGAGGUUUGUAGCCUUGUCUGCUCUGAUCCCUGGCUUAAAGAAGAUGGACAAGGCUUCUAUUUUGGGAGAUGCGAUUGAGCAUAUGAAGGGUUUGGAGGAGAGAGUGAAGGGGUUGGAGGAGAGGGCUAGGAAGAGAAGAAGGAUUGAACCAGUGGUGUUUAAUGUCAAGAAAGAGGAAGGCGGCGACGACGACGAUUUUCCAGUGAUUAGGGCAAGGUUUUGUGAUAAAGAGCUGCUGGUUAGUGUUCACUGCCGGAGAGGGAGAGGUGUGUUUGAGAAAAUUGUUGGUGAAGUUGAGAAUAUGCAGUUUUGUGUUGUUAACAGCAGCCUUAUGAGUUAUGGGGAUUCUUGUCUCAGUAUAACACUUACUGCUGAGAAGGACAAAGAAGACAACAUGAAUAUUGAGCAGCUUGUGGAGAAUUUACAAGGUCUUCUCAAAAUGAUCUUGUGAAAUAUUAAUGCAUUCCUUGAACUCAUAAUAUCCUAUUUUUCCCCUUUUCAAAGACC